AUGAAAAUGUCAAUCUCAGAGGUACCAUUUAUUCGGCCAAUUGACCAUUUUGCCGCCGACUUCUACGGCGGAUGGAUCGAACGGAUCGGGACCUCGGCUUUCGUGAUCGGGUGCAACGUCUUUUCGACUAGCUUCCGCGACAAAACGACGUCACCGAAUUCCGACGGAUCCACUCCAAAAGUCCCCAACACCAAGAGCGGCUGUCGUCGAUUCGAGGCCCAAUUCGUCGGCUUCAGUCAAGCGUGA